AUGUACACCUCUUGCACUCAAGUUGCCAACGGCACUUUUGCAAUCACCAUCAACAAUCCGACCAGUGGACAAAUCGAGUUCUAUGCUUGCGCCGAUGCAGGAUGCAACACAUGCCAGAUUGUUGGCCGGGAUACGCCAUCCAAUGCCUGCACAAUCGACGGCGCCGACUCAGGAACUGGGUUUGUCGUUUAUCGAGUCAUUGGCGUGCUUAGCGAUCCGACCGUGGCGCUUCCUUCGGGCUUUCCCAAUGGCACCAGGGCAAGCUCGACAGCUCCAUCGGCUCCAUCGGCGACCCCAACCCCAACCAACACACAAAGCAAUGUCAAUGUCGUGCUCAUAAGCGGAAUAGCAGCCGGGGCCGUCGUAUUUGUAGCCCUUGUUGCUGGCCUGCUCGUCUGGCUUUCGCGCCGAUCGAAGAGGGCCCGCAAGUCGCAGUACCAAGCCGAGCCUGUCGAAUCCAUCUACCCUCCGUCCUUUGUCGUCAAUGCCGCUCCUUCUGUCGCUCCUAUCGCUCCUAUCGCUCCUUCUGCCGUUCCAAUUGCUGCAUCCGCCGCCCCGGUGCAAUACUCUCCUCAGUACAUUUCACCAGAGGUGUUGCCCCAGUCUACCAUCCAACUCUACCCAGCCAGCUAUCCGACAUCGCCCCAGUAUUCGUAUGCCUCAAGUGUCCCAGAUGUGGUUCCUGUUCAGCCACUCUACAAUACUGGAAGUCCGCCAAAUUACCGUGAAUCCGUUUCAUCGAGUCGGAGCGAGGCGGUUCAUGUUGACGACAAGUUCCAAAUCGGAAGCUUCCAAAGGAUCCAGGACCCGGCUCAAUUUGGCGGUCCGUCGCAGCCAUUUGAGUCCAGCUCCUCCCCAUCGAGCCACAACCCGUCGGUGGGUAGGCAGAGCUCACAGAAUGCCCCAAAGUAUGUUGCCGUCGAGCAUGUCUCCAAGUUCAAUCCAAAAGACCUUCCCCUCAAUAUCGGCGAUGUGAUCGUCAUUGAGCACGAUUUUGAAAAUGGUCACGCACAGGGCUUCAACCAAACUACCGGUUUAUCCGGCGUCAUCUCACUCUCCAGUGUUCGACCUUUGGGACAAGAGCGCUAUCUUCCUGCGCUGCCCGACUCGGCGCAUCACGCCUGA